AUGGGGUCCAAAGUUGACGACAACGAUGAAAACGCCGGCACGGCGGUCCAAGUUGAAUCCUCCUCAAUUUGUUCGACCAAAGAGACGUCGCCACCACAACCAGCAGCCUCUCACAAGAUCUCCUUGUCGACCUAUCUCGCAAUCAUAUCAUUCUGGUUUCAUUAUGGAGCGGCCAACGUGGCCAUUGUCAUGAUCUCGGCCGUCGUUGCAAAUAUAAAUCAAGAUAUAGGCCCAAGCUCCGUCUACACAUGGCUUGCGUCAAGUCUGGCUCUGGCCUCGAGCAUCAGCGUAGGAGUUGCUGGGACCGUGACCGACCUCACUGGACGACGAGGAUAUUCGAUCCUGUUCGGACUCGUUGGGAUUGUGGGAUGCAUCGUGGCUGUCACGUCCAAGAAUAUCAGCCAGUUGAUCGGCGCCAACGUCCUCGUCAGUCUCUACAUCGGCUCCAGCGAGAACAGUCUAUCAGCCGUUUCGGAACUGGUGACGCACAACCAACGCGGUGCUGUCAUGGCUUGUUUCAAUGCUGGGAUCGGCGUCUUUACCGUUUUUGGUUCCUUGAUAGAGGCCUUUGUGCCCGAGAAUCCCCUCCUCCAUCCUCAUCUUUUCCGCCGUAUCCGGACUUUUACCCUGAUUCUCAUCGUCACCAUCGUGGGCGGCAUGCUAUACUACUCGCUCUUGUCCUUCUUCCCCCUCUACCUGUCCUUGAUCUACGUCAACGACCCCUCGGACGACAUCAAGAUCGGGGUCUACAACAUCCCCUUGCAAGCGGGCAGCUUGUUUGGCGGGGUGACCACCUUCUGGGCUCUUCCCAAGCUGAGAAAACCCCGACCAAUGCUGAUCAUCGCGGUCUUUGUUCAGCUCCUCUUCAUCGCCCUCAUGGCUAUACCCAAUCAAAACCAACGACCAAUGGCACUGGCAUUCUCCUUUUUCGGAGCUGUAGGGCUCGGAUCAUCUGUCUCUCUCUCGGUCCUCCUGAUCCAGUUUUCAGUCCCGGACAAAUACAUCGGUUUCGCAUGGGGCAUGCUGUCGCUGUUCCGGUUCGGCGGCGGCGCCGUCGGCACGGCCGUCUACUCGUCCAUCUUCUCGUCGAGGAGCGCCGACAAGGUCCCCGCCUACGUGGCCGCGGCGGCGCUGCGGAACGGCCUGCCGAGUUCGUCGGUCGAUCAGCUCUUGGGGGCCGUGUUGACCGCGACGGGGGACCCGUCACCGACGUCCCGGGAUACACGACCGAGAUUGGCGUCGCGGUCAGCCACGCCGUCAAGUCUGCAGUUGAAAAAGCAACACCCCAGCUUUUGUCUGCCUGUCUGCCUGUCUGGUGAAACAAAAAGAGCCAACACCAUCAAACCCAGAUACGUCUGGGUUUCGUCCAUCGCCUUCGGCGCCGUCUCUCUCAUCUGCACCAUCUUUGUCAAGGACCUCAGUCACCAGCUCAACGACACAGUCGCCAUCAGGCUGAAAACGGAACAACGACAGGACCAACAAGAACAAGAACGAGAACCAGAACCCGUCGCGGAAACGGAAACGGGAAAGGAAACGGUCGUGGGGAAAGAAGAAGACGACGAGUUGGACACCAAGACGAAUUAA